UUGAUGCUGGACAACCUUGAAUGUGGCACCUUGGCAAUGAAUUAUUACAACAAGCUUUGGCAAAUGACCUUGAGCACAUUUCCACACCUCGUGGAUCUUUAUACUCAUGGGAGACAUGGGCAAGAUCGAUACCAAGAGCUCAUGAGGGUCUCCUGGCAGUGGCGACACUUGAAGAACAUGAAGUGGCAUGGCUUCGGCCAUCAUUCCAACCAACGUGAGCCGGGGGACCUAGCAUUAUUCAGCCCAGCAUGUCCUCAGCGUGGCAUCAAUCUAUUGCUGACAACAGAAGAAUCACUCAAUGAGUGA